AUGCCACUUGGGCCUAUUCUGACGCAACCGAUGAAAUUUAUCAAAUUCAAUGCUCCAUUCGAGGAUGAGAAGAUCAACUACUUUAAAAUAACGAAUGCUUCCACCAAUUGCAUCGGUCUGAAAAUAGAUCUCAGUUGCACCGAUCGAAUUCAAACUGACGUCAAAGUUUGUUGCCUUGAUGUUAACGGAUCGAUAAAAAUCAGAAUUGCUACCAAAUGCUUCGAUCUCGACAAAAACGCCCAGGACUGCAUAGCAAUCACCUGGAUGAAUGUCCAAAACGAAGGAGACAUUGAUGAGGAAUUUUUUGAAGGGGAUGGUCUCCGUAAUAAAAAAAACUAUUUUUGUUGA